AUGUUGCUGCCACUGCUACUCCUCGGCCUGACGUCGAGCGUCGCCAACGCCGACAUUGUCGUCUCGGUCAGCGACGUCAAGCCCCUGCCGCUCAAGACGGCCAGCACGGCGUCGACGGCGCUGCAGCUCUUCCAGCAAAGCUGCCCGGAGGAGAUCCAACCCGUCGGCUCGGGCCCCCAGGCCAAGGUCAUCGUCUCGUCCUACGCCGACUCGCCGCACGACCUGGCCAUUGCCAACGGCAAGCUCUAUGCCUCGUCCGACAGCCUGGUGCGAGGUGCCAUUGACGCGUGGGCGCAGCACCAGAGCCUCGUGCUGCGGCCCGACGUGGUCUGGUUCGAGAUCCUGGCGCAGCUCAACCUAUACAUGACCAAGCACGCCGAGGAGCUCCGCCACCUGUUUGUCAACUUCCAGGGCCAGGAGGAGAUCGUGGUGCGCGAGUGGACAUGGCAGGGCGUCAUCGACGGCUUCAAGUCAGAGAUCCAGAAGAGGGUCAAGACGCACUGGCUCGAGAACUGGAUCACGCCAGGCUUUAGCACCAGCAAUGCCAACGACAACACGACGGCCACGGUGCUCAUGAUGGGGCUCAUGCAGCAGUACUUUAAGUUUACGGGCGGAAUCAUCUGCGGGCUGCCGUCGGUGACGCUGCUCGGCGAGAGGGACGACUGGGCGGCGCUGCUCGACAAGCUCGAGAAUCUGCGCCUCUUUGGAGCCGAGCCGUCGCAGUACGCCAAGAACUUGCGGCCGAUCCUGAACAUGUUUGUCAAGACGUGGGACGAGCCCCAGAGCAAGCAGGUGCAGGCCUUCUGGAAGCAGAUUGUGCGUGCCGACAAGGUCUUUACGUGCGGCACGGGCCCCAUCGAGUACGACAUCUCGGGCUGGAUCACGGGCUUCAUGCACUGGUCGUCCAACGGCGACCUGCCCGUCGGCUACGCCAAGGCGCCGCUCAAGCUGCUCGACUACCCGACGCCCGGCACCAGCAGCAUGGCGUACGUGCUGGCGGGCAACAUCGGCAUCGCGCGCGCCGAGGUGGCGUCCAAGGCCGGCAGCCGCAGCAGGGGCGGCGUGCUGGCCCAGCCGCUCAGCGCCUGGUUCCUGUACGGGCCCGUCGACGUCAACGCGACCCAAACACAGUCGGAUGUUGGGAGCCGGAGCGAGAUCGACGGAAUCUACAAGGGGCUCCGGACAAACUGCCCCAGGGGCGGUUACUGA